AUGUCACAAAUUGUGGUCGAGGACGCUUCGACUGACGAGCUGGCGUCAGUGCCUGAUGUCGAGCAAGCUGAAGAUGUACCCGAAAACAGGAUUAAGAAUAAAACGAGCGCACACUGCGCACAAGAUUUGACCAUGGAUGAGAGGUCUUGCGACGAUGCGGGGACUGUAGACACUGCUGACAAUAAUGACGGUGAAGAAAAACCGCUCCUAAAACUAAUGAAGCACCUAAUAAGCAACAACGGCAAGCAGAACACCAAAGUGACCAACAAUCAGCUCAUCGGCAUCCUCAAGAAGGAGUUCGACCUUGACCACGCCAACCUGCACUUUAUUAGUGUGGAUAUAUAUAUGAACGUGCUGAAGAAGUUCUUGAAAACUUGGCCGCAGUGGGGUGAUCAGGUCAUGCAUGAAACCCGCUGUAUGUAUGACCAUGAAGAGGUUGAAAAAAUGCUGGACAUAGAAUAUAAAUCCCUAAAGGAAUACCUCGCCUCCAUUUUGAAAGCGACUGAACCUUUCGCUAGAAAAGCGGCGCAAAAACUAAGCCAAGAAAUACCAGAACCCAGCCGAGCUUUCGCCGGCAAUGUUCUUAUAGAAAUAAAUUGUACAAGAAAUCAAUUAAAUAAACUUUUCCUUAGAAAUCCAGAUCUAGAAAACAAUAACACGAAAUUGAAUAUCAAUUCUUAUGUACCAUCAAAAAUAUAUCUUAACCAAAAAACUUUUCAAUCUGUGCUGAAUUCCUGCUACGUUAAGUUUACAAUAAAUAUGGCGUGCUUUGAAUAUAGAAGAGAAAUGUUACCAAAGUUCAAACACAAACUUAUAAAUAAAAAACUAAGACAGCUUCAACGGGAGCCAAAAUUAAACACUCGUUUGCAAUCAUUGAAAAAUACAAAACCAGAAGGGGACGUAGCUAGGAAAGACUUAAAAUUACUUAUAGAGAGAAUACGGCAUUCGAAUAGAUACAGUAUGGAGCAGCAACUAGAUUUUGAAAUGUUAUUUAAAACUAUUAAUGAAGAUUUCAAUGUGCUGCCACCGACAUACAAUGAUGGUAGAGUGGAAAUACCAUGUGCAUUUAGAUGUCAUAUGAGCAAAUAUCCAUAUGUGAGACAUUUAUAUGAAGAAGUUGAUGCUGAAUCGGACAAGUACGAUUUGCAGUUAGAACAGAAGAUUUCACCGAUGCUGUGCUUCCAUAUAUCCAGGUACCUACAUAGAGUCUGUGCGAAAAGAGAAGAGUCGUAG